AUGGAAAGAACAAAAAAGGAGGACCUUCUCAUUGAAGAAAGAGAUGGAAGCGGCAGAAUCACGCGCCGGUGGCUGCACGAUCCCGACUCUCACAAAAUCACACUGGUGCACGCUCCUCACCACCACCCUUUUCCUCACAUCACCAACACGUCAAAUACCGCCGCAGGCAUCCUCACCGACAUGCGUCAAAUCCUCUACGACGCGUUCCUGCCCAUUGGUUAUCCGGACUCGGUGACUCCGGACUACCUGGGCUAUCAGACCUACGACUCUCUUCAGGCGUUCUUUUCUACCAUCACCGGCCUCCUCUCCAAUCGCGCCAUCCUUCAAGGCCUCGGCGUCGGCGACCCGAACUCAUCAGCGACUUAUGCCCUCCUCCUGACGGUCCUCAAGGACGGCAUCUCCCGCGUCGCCACCAUCGUCUUCGCCUACCGCUUCGGCCUGGUCAUUGAGCCCGAAUGUAAGAGAUACCGCUUUCUCGCUGAUAUCUUCAACGAUAGCGCCUUCUUCCUCGACCUCUUCAGCCCCUACUUCGACCCUUGGACCAAGGUGGCCGCUCUCGUUCUCGCCGAGGCCCUGCGCGCCAUGUGCGGCGUCGCCGCCGGCGCGAGCAAGGCCGCUCUCUCGAAGCACUUUGCCCGCCGCAACAAUCUCAGCGAGCUUAACGCGAAGGAGGCAUCUCAAGAGACGGCAGUUGGCCUCGUCGGCUUGCUUGUCGGAUCUAUCGUGGUUCGCUUCGUUGAGGGCAGGGAGGCCGUCUUCGUGCUCAUGGUGUUUCUCGUCUUCGUUCACCUCGGCAUGAACUAUCUCGGUGUCCGCUGCGUCCAGCUCGCCAUCCUCAACCAGCAGCGAGCCACCAUUCUGUUCCAGCACUACGUGCAGACGAAGCGGGUGCUGACGCCCGCACAGGUCGCUAGUCGCGAGAACAUUGUGUUUUGGUCGCCCGUCAUCAAAAACCACCGAGGGGAGGUUGUCGCGAAGGUUAGAUUCGCCAAGAGCUAUGCCGAUGCCAUGACUGCCGACGCCAAGAGCGCCGGCAUCCGUUACCUUACGCUAAAGGGUGAGGACCAGCAAGAUACGAAGGGGAAGGCCGCGACGGGCUUCGUGCUCUGCGUCUGUGAGAAAGGUGAGGUUACCACCAUCAAGAUCCUGCUGCUCGGCAACCAAUCGCACAACGAGGCGAACGAGCUCAACACGCUCAAGGCGUGGUACUAUGCCACCACCAUCGCGCGGGAUCGCCAGCUGAGCAUGAAGACCGGCACGCGCAAGCUUCUUGGUGUCAUCCCCGUGGAUGAGAUCGAGAUUGAUGGCGAAGAUGAAAAGCUGGAUUUCGAGGCACUUCAAGAGGCUGGCUGGGACGUCAAGGAGACCAACUUGGCUGCCUUUGCCCCGCAGAUCAGUAUGGGAUACACGGACAAGAAGGAGCAGUAG